AACAUAAGUUUAUGUCGAAGUAAACUAACGAUGCAUUAAUUUAUGUUAAUUGUAAUUAUAAGUUCUAUAAUUUGGUGGGCUGUGGAAAAGAAAUCGGAAAGCCCAAGUGAUGCCCAGCUGUGAGUUGGCCAUAGUAGCUCACCGAAAAUUGAGAUGCAAAAGGACUCAUAAGUCCUUCCAUGCUUUGCGGGGAGGCUAGAAAAUUUUUAAUUGGAUAGGUGCUUAGCAAGAAUGUGCUUAUAUGUAUUACCAAGUUAUCAAACCCACUAUAGUAAAAAAAGAAAAAAUGAGAGGAGCUCUCUCCUCUCUCCUGGAAUUAUCGCUAUGGUUAGGCGAUCGUCUACUGCAACUCUGCUCAAUCGUAUUAGCUGCCAGUAUGAGAAACCAGAAGCUGGGCCGGGAGCGAGGUUCUACCACGCCGAUAGAGUCCGGCCAGUCGGAGAUCAACCAAUACAAACUGGUGUUGGAGAAUCCCAGGGCUAGCGAUGAUGCUUCUGAACAUAAUACUAGUGGGGCUGUGACCCAUGCUCAUGGGGGGUGCACUCAAACGGAGGAGAUGUGAUCUGGUCGAAGAGAUCCGUCCCUCACCUGCUAUCCGUCCAAAAAGAUCCAGGCUUACAUCCGCGAAAGGGUGGAGAUUUUGGCUCCCGGCCUCGUCCGAUGUGGAAGGCGAUGAUUCGCUGUUAACCACGACUGGAUUGACAACGCCGGCUGAACUAGCCCCGUCGCUGACAAUUAUUCAUCACCAUUAUCAACCCAACAACGAAAGUCCAAGGGAGGGGAUGGCGGCUCAAAGGAUAGGGGAGACGUGUCCGACGCAAACCUUGGGACUGCCCUACACCCGUCGUACCGCCCGUACCGCCGACGGUGACUAUCUGUUCACGACUCCUCGGAAAGUGACGACUCAAUCCCGAGAGAUCAGGGAUUCUUGGGUUUAUCCCCCGGAUUUUGUGGGGUUGUUAAGGGAAUCUUGGAGGUACCCUAACUAACGCCCAAAUCCGAACCGCCCUACUCGUCCUAUUACAAGGACUCCCGCUUAUAAUCAAAUUCUAAAAGGGGG